AUGCUUACCGCUAUUUCUCAUGUUCUUUACACCUCUUCUUCUCAUCAUACUUCAUACUCAACAGCUCCUCAAACACCAACACCAGAAGAAUUUGAUCAAUAUGAAGUUAAUUCAACUUCAACCCCAACCACAGCCUCUAAGAAUGCAUUCGUUAUCACUGGCAAUCCAGGAACUGGUAAGUCCUGUUUCCUCUUCUACAUUAUGGCUCUCAUCUCACGGGUCAAGGAAACUAUGGUUGUUCACUCGAUUCACGCCCAGAUUGCCGAUUCAUACUAUCUCUACACUUACGUUGGUGGCAUUCCAGUUGUCACUCUACAACAACCACAACCCAAGAGUGAUUUUAUCACUCUCCUUGGUCUCAGAUCAACUUUCUUUUUGGUAGACAGCAAAGAGGAGACAAAUGUCGCAGCUAAAACGAUCAUUGUUUCAUCGCCUGAUCCGAGGAUCUACAAAGAGUUUCUGAAGAACGUUGGCACUACCCGCAGGUAUAUGUCACCUUGGUGUAAAUCCGAACUUGAUCACGUAAGACCAAUUUUAUACCCAAAUGUCACACAGUGUGAAACCAUGUCUGGCAAUGAAGCAUCUUCCUCUACCACUACUUCAACCAACGAUUCAAAGCCUUUUGACCAAGUUAAAGUCACCGCAUGGUCAACCAAGCAUUCCAUCGAGUGGAUAGCUUUCAAUAAAGCAUAUACUCCAUCUCCCAAUGAAAAGACUGCCAAUACAUCAGAAUAUGAGAUUAGAACAGGACAACAACUCCUGUACAUUGCCAAGGACAAGGACGACUUCGCAGACUAUUGCAGUGACAAACGAUUUGGCAAAAUUUUGUGGACCGAUCUUCAAGAACGAAUUAAAGACAAAAAUAAAGCUGAUGCUCUCACGGAUGCCGAGAAUGCACAUCCAACAGCACAAGUUGUUACACUUUGUAAUCUCAUAUCUUUUGGUUUUGAAAGGAAACGUUUAGGGUCUGAGAUUGAGAAAGUCAUGGAAUCUAUGAAAAAGUCCAAGUUUGAUGGUCCUAUUGUAUCUCUACCACGUGAUCCUCUCAGUGCACUGAUAUCAUCUCGUAAAAGGUUUGAGUUUACCGAUAACACUCUAAAGUUGGUGAACAGAGAUAUUACAAACAAAUUACACACGUUCAUCAAAUCAAAUUAUCGCAACUCAAGAGGAGUUUACAUUCAAGGACCACAGGGAGUAGGUAAAUCACAUUCCAUUUAUCAAAUAGUUGUCAAACUCCGAGUUGAAGCACCAAACAAUCGUGUCAUAUACAUCCAAGACUGUGCAAAUUGGACAGCUGGUGAUCCCUAUCUUUUUUUCGUACAGGCUCUGGAAACUGGAUUUGGUCUGGCAGGAGAUUCAUUUAUUAGAGACACUUACAAUUCAAUCAUAAAUGAAGAACAGUUAUACUUGUUUAUGGAUAAAUUAUCAGUUUAUUGCAAGUUUCAAGAUCUCUGUGUAUAUUUUAUCUUUGAUCAACACAACUCUCUCACCAACUCUCAAAGAACAAGUUCUCCCUUUUCAAUAGUAGAGAGUUAUCUUGUCAACAAUAUUGGUUGGUGUAACAAUCUCGUAGUUGUAUCUGGUUCUGCAAACAACAAUUACUAUCUCAAAGUUGCCAAGGACAAUGAAUGGCCUGUGUUUUACUUUUUUGAUGGUUUCUGUGACAAUGAAUUCAAGGAAUGGGUAGAAAUUCACAAACAAGAUCUCGGCAACCUCACAAGUAGUGAUAUACAGACCAUCAAAGAUCUCACCAAUUUUAUUCCAAUUGAACUCAAAUAUAUAUUAGACGAACAAAAGAAACAACAGGAUCAACAAUCACAAUCACAAUCACAAUCACAAUCACAAUCACAAUCACAAUCACAAUCACAAUCACAAUCACAAUCACAAUCACAAUCACAAGAACAAACACAAGGCUCCACUUUCAAUAAUGUUCUCACAUCGUAUAAGUCGUGGCGAAAAUCACUGAUCACUCAACAAGACAAUUACUUUUCUAAAGAGUUCCUUACAACCGACAUUCUUCACAAAGAUUAUAGAAGAGCAAUUGUAUUUAUGCAACACAAUGUACCUGUAACAGACGAAUCAAUAUUUCUCAACAAACAACUAUUGUACAAAAGUCAGGAAGACCUCAUAUUGCCUCUUUUCCCAUUGGUCAGAGAUAUUCUAAUUAUGCGUUAUAUGACACCCACCCAUCUCGUUGUACAAGAGUUUUAUCAAUCUGUCUUUUCCAAUAAGAUCUCGUUGACCAAAGAUGCUGUUGGAAGAAUCCUAGAGAAAUAUCUUAUUGAUACAUUGUUGGAACACAACCUCUUACAAGUGCAGCCCUCACUGGUGACAGGAGCAGAUGACAGAAAAGGUGUUACCUGCUAUAAAUAUACCCUUUGUUCACAAGUCGUCUUUGCAUGGGACAUAGUCCAAUAUAUCGUGGCUCAAAAUGAUUUAUCACAAAUCGAUUGGUCUAAGCCCUCACUUAUCAUUCCUCGUGCCUCUAACUACAAGGUGGCUGAUUGGUUCUUCUGGAAUCCUUCUUCAAAGACUCUGUCUGCUUUCCAGGUUACUAUUGGUUCAAAACACGCUAGCAAAUGGGCUGAAUCCGGUCUCAGAACCCAAUUCCAAAACUCUUGUCACUUUACUAAAGAUAUUUUUGUUUGGAUUGUGAAGAAUGAUUUUGACUAUAAACAGAAACACUUUAUUGAUCAAUACUUUAUUACCAUUCCAGAAUUAGCAAAUAGCAGAAUAGCAUUAUUUCUACAUCACCAUCAUUCUACAGCUUCAUUACUUCGGAAUGGCUAUAAGAAUCUUGAUUCUCUCAAGGCUGCCGUCAACAAUCCAAUUGCAUACCCAAUGCUUCUUAUUCUUCAACCGAUUCCAUUCCUCCCUGCAGACAUCACAAGUCUCAUUGAAUACUUCAAGAACGAAACAGCACCAGAUAUACCAUUAUAUAUGGAUAUGGAACUCGAUAAAUCAGAGUAUGGUGUUGUCACGAUGGGUAUAGACGAAGCAGGUCGUGGUCCUGUGCUAGGCCCACUUGUAUAUGCUGCGUGUUACGUACCGGAUUGUAAUUUAGAAAGAAUGAGAAAGCUAAGAUUUGAUGACUCAAAGAAACUUACGGAAGCACAAAGAGAAACUUUAUUUAAAACUAUUUUGGGUAACUAUGAGUUGCUUGGUUUCGUAAGUGAUGUAAACGAACCAUCUAUGCUAUCGGAAAAGAUGCUUUCAAAACAACAAGUUUCACUCGAUAGUAUAUCACAUGGAUCUGCAUUCAAUUUAAUUCAACAGGUUUUGGAUAAGGGAUAUAAUAUUGAAUCUUUAUAUGUGGAUACUGUCGGCCCACCGGCAAAGUACGAGGCAAAGAUAAGAGUGGCAUUCCCGUCGAUCAAGAAUGUAGUGGUUUCAAAGAAAGCCGAUAGUUUGUACCCUAUUGUGUCGGCCGCCAGUAUCUGUGCAAAGGUUAUUCGUGAUCGUAUCAUCAAGGCAACGGAUUUCGAAAAGUAUGGCAGCAAUGCCAGCGGACAGAACGCCCCGAUAAACACAAACAUUGGUUCCGGCUAUCCAAGUGACCCCGCCACCAAGUCGUGGCUACGCAACAAUCGUGACAAAGUAUUUGGCUAUCCAGACAUCGUGCGAUUCAGCUGGAAGACGACAUCGACUGCAAUGCAAGGCGAUUGCUACGGCGUGCAAUGGGUCAAUCAACAAUCACCCUAUUUCUCUGGCAAAAGAAAACGUUCUCUCUAUUUCGAUGAUAAUAAUCUCAACAAUGAAAUAAGUGAUUUUUAA